AUGCUGUCAAAAUUCCACCAGAUUCUCGCCUUUGCACUUUUUAUAACAUGGACUUGUGGAACCGUCCUAAAUUCAUCCAUUGUAGCUGUGUAUGUCAGUGACUGGAAGAAGGGAUUGAAGCUUGGUGCCUGCGAUCAAAUCAUUCUCACCAUGGGCUGCAACAAUCUACUCAUGCAGAGCUUUUUAACAUUUGAGCUGAUGGUCCUGACUUAUCAGUUGUACGGUCUGUUUACCAAAGACAUACUCCUAAGUUCUUUCUUCUUUGGAUUUAACAUGGCAUUGUCUCUCUCAUUGUGGCUCACUGCCUGGCUCAGCAGCUACUACUAUUUGCGACUGGUCAACUUCUCCAAUAGAUUCUUCAUUCGAUUAAAACGAGGAAUUUCCACUGUGGUUGUCUACUGCCUUCUGGGAACGGUGGUUGGUUUGUUCCUCGUUCACAUGCCCGUUAUUUGGACAAUGCACAUAAUAAGAGACCAAAAUAUAACAAAAAUUAAUAGUAUCUUUAAUGAUAAAAUACCUUUUUUAUUUAACUUCACAUUUUCUUGCUACCUUCCAACUAGUAUGACGUCCUUCUGUAUUGUACUCACUCUGAUGUCUCUUCUGAAACAUAUUCAUAAGAUGAAGCAGAAUACUUCUGAGUUCUGGAAUCCUCAGCUGAAGAACCAUGUAAAAGCUUGCAGGACAAUGCUACUUCUUUUCGCCGCAAACUUGAUAUUAUUUCUGGCUAUUUUUGUUUCCUCCCUACAAUAUAACACAGGAACUAUUGGGAACUAUGUAAUUUGGUUUAUUAUGAUAUCAAAUCCCUCGAGUCAAGCCAUAAUUCUCCUGUUUGGGAACUCCAGGUUAGCAACUGCCUGGUCAAAGUUCUUGUCUUUUCAGUAA